CAAAACGAUCAUGCGAUGGUUCGAAUAAACACACCAUACCAACAAGAACCACCCCAGCUUUUCUUGAAAAACGCAUCGAUACCGCCGAUCGCUGACUUGUCGUUUCACAGUAAUACUGUUUUGUCUAAUGCCGGUUUGCCCAGUAAGCCRAUCAAGGAUAAGUCUCACAAUUACACCAACAGACACAACUUACCAGAAAGUCCACCAGACUCCGAGCCACCAUAUUCACCAGCUGAUGGCGUUGGUCAAUCUCCGCAUCGAAGAACGCCGAAUUUGCAAUGUCUCAUAUCAGCCAACAAGGGUCAAAUAUCAAUGAACUCCGGAACCACUGCGUUGUAUCAGAAACAACCCGUAACUACUAAAAUCCCACACCCGUUGUCCGUUCAACCUUUGUUGAUAAAUCAACCGGGGUCGUCGUCUCACGUCACACACUUAGAUUUUAAUCAAAUUCCACCUAACGCGAGGGAAAUCGAAAUAGCAGAACCUGAAUAUACUGACCUGUUAAAUGUAAAUGUGACGGAAAAGAAACGAAAACUUAGUGCUGACAUUAUUGGAGUAAGCACCGGUGGCAGCAAUGUUCGCGUUAAAAAAGAAAUUGAAAAUUGCGGUAAAAAACCCAUAACUCACGUGUCACCAUCGGCAAGAUCAGUUUGCAGUGAAGACAGUUACACUUACCAGGAUAGCUGCGAAUCGGGUUUGUAUAAUGACACGAGUUUUCAGUGUAUCCGUUUUCAACCAUUCCAAGAAUCGUCAUGGAAUACGCUAUGUGAUCACUCUUUAAAGGAACUGCUGGAUUUAUGCGAAGAACAAGUAUCUAAAGUGACGGUGGGUCGAUUGCAUUUCAGCGAGACCACUUGCAACAACAUGAGGAAAAAAGGAAAACCAAACCCGGAUCAGAGAUACUUUUACCUGGUGGURGGACUGCACGCGCACUGCAUUAACGACCACGACUAUCCGAUCGUCUCGUACGCUUCCGAACGGAUAAUUGUCAGGUGCGACACAAGUGAGCAGUUGCGGAACGUGCAGAAAAUUAACGUUGUUCAUUUUAGCUAUAAGCCGGAAUUUUCAUCAUUGUUUGGGUUAUCUUUGAAGGAAGCUGACACCGGGAUCAUAGCACAGGAAGUGCAAGCAGUUCUGCCAGAAGCCGUCACCAACGCCGGCGGCAUAGCGCUGCCCAACGGAAUUGUGUAUGACGACUUUYUGGUCGUGAACAAAGAUCGGAUCUUCAUGGAGAAUGUCGGAGCCGUAAAAGAGUUGAGCAAAAUUACCAGCCAUUUGGAAGCUAGAAUAAGUGAAUUGGAACAGGACCACAAGCGUUGUUUGCUUUUAGCAGACAAUCAUUCGGGUAUAGCGCUAUCGGAUUUAACCACCACGUCCUAUUCUAGUAAGCACGACGAUUAUGAUGCUACCGUCGAAAAACGUAAAUUAUUAAAACCAAYKAGUUCGAUUGAUGYUAACUGUGGGAAAUUUGUACAAAUUUCAAUUAUAUCUCUAACUGUAGUUAUCGCAAGUUGUUUGGUUUUCAUAACUGGACUAUUUUUUAUGGAACAUCACUACAGAAAUCAACUGACAUUCACAAGCGAACAUGAGCUUAUCAUCAAACCUUUGAAUAUGAAUUUAAUGCAGACACAUGCGAGUAUCGUUCAGCCAAAGGACACAGGUCAAUUACCGUUGGAAAUAGACGGAUUUUUUGACAAAGACAAACAUUUGACCUGCAUGCGGCUUAGGCGACUUGUAACCAACAUCAGAAGUUGUGAAUACGACAAGAUCAAAACCAAAAUGAAUAAAAUCGCGGAUAGAAAAAACGAAGAAGGAAAAAAUGACGAUGAAUUCAUUAGUUUUAUCGUCAAAAUCGAUCGUGUCAAUGAUAUCGUGUAUAAGGACGUCACGAUCGGUGUGUAUGGGAGUUACAGCAACUUUACAGCGGAAACCAACGUGACGGACGAAUGUGGGCGAUCAGAAUUACUCCAACAAUGUAGCGAUAAGUCACUGUUCGUGUACGGGUUUCAGCUUCCGGUCACCAAACAACUUACCGACUAUUUUAUCAGCGUGUCUUAUCGCAUAAGUAAAGGCAGUCUGAACGGUUGUCCGACUAGUAUGUCCGUAUUGACAACUUGUCCAUCGGACCCGUACACCAGUUUGUGGGCGCUGAAUGGCACUCGAUGGAAUCCGUCAGACACGUCUUACGAUUGGCAGACUGACAAGUAUUCAGUUUCCGAAGAUUCGGAAUCGGUCACCGUAAUCAUCCGGUACAAGGCGUGGUCGUACGAACGACUAAAGGCGUCAUGCAAGUCACAGGAAGACAAACGGACGUUGGCCAUCGUCGAGUACACUGUCGCUCUGCACAAUGACUUCAGCGAGAUCUUGUAAACCAAUACUAACAAAAUUAUAAUGCCGUAAUGUAUCUACAUAAAUAAAUCUGCGAAUAUAUCGAUGGAGUAAUCGAAGACGAGACGGAAAUAAUUUGCGAAGCAGUAAAAUUGGUCGUGCCUGUGGGGAUGUUAAACUAUUACAAAUAUUGCAGUCUAUAUCUUAAUUUGAAUUCUUUGUUUUUAUUUUAUUCUGUAUCGAUCCUAAUUCUUUAAACUAUAGAACUAAAUAUUUGUUAAUCACGUUUACGUCGGUGUCGGUGUUGUUUUCGUUUUAUCAAUUAUUUUAAUUAUUUAAAAAAAUGUUCAAUCGUCACAUACAGCGCCGUGUAAAUUUGAUCAAUUUCGUGAUUUUUCGCACUUAUCGAGCACAUUGCACGUCAUUUUACUUACCUUCACACAUUGAACUUUCGCUGACCUUAGUGGUAAAAUGUUUUAUAUUAUUAAAUGUACCUAAGGUGCCUAAUAUUACGCGCACUCUUUUUGUCUUAACAGUGUUAGGUACUAUAAAUUAAAAUACAUUUUAAAAAUAACAAU